AUGUCUCAGCCUCUAAAAAUGUGGUCUAAGUUCUCAGUGACUAGGAAAGAUGGCAGUGUCCUGAAAUUACGCAUAAUGGAUAUGCCUCGAGAUCCCAGUGUACUAGAAAAAGUAUUAAAUAUCAACCUUAAGUAUUUUGUACCAGAAGAAAGCACCCUGAAGGCAGCAAGAGUGGCAGAAAGUGCAGAAGCAGUGGAAGAAAUAACUGAAUUUAUAAUAAACAUGUUAAAUAUGGAAAAUCAUCAUAUUGUUGUAUGCUGUUUAGACAACGAUAAUGAUCAGAUAAAUGAAAUUAUUGGGUCAUCAAUUAUGGCUUUAACUAGAAAAGACGAUCCGAAACCAGAGGGAGGAUUUAAGUCAAAAGAAUUAAUGAAAGUCACGGAGAUAAUGGAUGCUACGAGUAAAAUGUACGAUGAAGUUAAAGUAUUCAACUUAGACCCUUGGUUCAGUGAUAGGGGGCUCGUUGUAUGUCCUGAGUACAGAGGCCUUGGGAUUGGCCAGGAAUUUCUCAGAGUCAGACGUCUUAUUUGCAAGGAGUACGGUAUACCUAUCAACGGAGCCUGGAUGACGUCAUACGGUACACAGAAGGCUGCGGAGCGUGACGGCUGGGAGACUGUCUGCGAGCUCCGGUAUGAAGACUUGGAGAAGAAGUUCAACGUCACCUACGGGAGACAUCCACCUUCCACGAAGUUUAUGAUCGCUAGAAUACCACUUUAG